AUGGCUGUGCAGACUCUCCUUGAAGUUGUCUCUAGACGAGCAAUGGGGACGCAGACUCCUACUGGUAGACACAGUGUGUCUGCCACUUGUAGUGUUCAAACUGAGCAGAAGUUGGCCGUUCAUGCUGAGAUGCAAGUGGACGGAUCUACCAGGGAUGACCUUGCACAUUCUGCAGUUAUCGAGGAGUUGCAGAGUAGAAGUGAAACGCAGCUGUCGGAGUUGCAGGCGAAGAAUACGAAAUUGAGAGAUCUUCAGCGUGCGAAAUCAUCAUUGGAACUCAAGAUCAGACAGUUGGAGUCGGAAAGGGAUCAGCUGCAGGCAUCUCGGAAGGAUCUGUCGAAUCAGUUGAAGACAGCAGAUAGGAAGAUGAAGGCAUUAGGGAGUGCCAACAGAGACAUCCAAGCGUCGAUGGAGAAAUCCACGAAAGAGCAUAUAAGCGUUAUAAUGGCCAUGCAGAACGAGAUCGCCGAGCUUGAGAAGCAAGUGAAAGAACUUGGCGAGAAACUGGCAGAGAAAACGGAGGAGCACAUUGCGACACAACGAGUGGUAGACAUGUUCAAAGUAGAGGUUCGGAAAUGGCAGGGGGAGGCUCGCAAGGUUCAACAACGCCAAGUCCAGCUCGUAUCGUGCUCUAGAUGUAUUACUUUCACGAAGUUAGAGAAGGCUUACACUGCUUUACGGAAGGAACAUGAAUUGGAGCAGGAGCGGUAUGCUGCGGCUUUCAAGACGAGAGAGGAGAUGAAGGACAAGUUCCGCAACUACGUAUCGCCAGAUAGGGAAGGACAGUUACUUCGGGAAAUUGAGAAUCUGAAUGCGAUGCAUGAAGUUGACCAGAGGUGCCUCAGGAAGGAAAUCGCGCAGUUGAAGCAAGAGCGAGAUCGUAUGCGAGGCCAGCAUGCGGAGGAGUCCCAUCGAUCAUCGAAGUUGAUGAGUGAUCUACAGGAUUCCAUCGACGGUGUCCUUCCGCAAAAGACUGUGUCGUCGGAAGCUGACUCGUGGCUGGUGGAGCAGCUGGACUCGGCAGUUGAGGAGGGGUUGGUUGAACGAGGCGGACCUGUGUCGGGCUCACAGGCACAGCAGCACUCCUCUGAGGUGUCCGAGUUACGGGCAGAAACGGCUAAGUUGAAAUCUGAACUUGAUUUCACGAAGGAGCGGUGCGAACAAGAGAGCGAAAAUGCAAGGAUGUAUACCUCUUUACUCGAGGUGGAUUUUUUAAGCAAGUUUUGCCGGGCUGGUUGGAUGCUACUCAGAACGCCGAGUUGGAGAAGGAACGGUAUCGACUGA